AUGAGCGAUAUUGACGAUUCAGAUGACUUUUUUGCAUCCAGUUCUUCCUCUGACGACGGAUUGGACUUAAUUAAUAACCAUAAAAUAAAAAACGAACGUUUUAUAGAAGAAACUGUCCAACAAUAUGAUUGUGAAACAUAUUUUGGGUAUUUCAGGAUUAGUCGUCAUUUGACAACAAGGAUUACUGAUUUGUACAGAGAAAGUAAUUAUUUUAAAAAAAACAGACAUGGCCAAUUUGGUAAAAUACAUGCGGAUGACCAGGUCCUUAUAUUUAUGUGGUUUGUUGGGCACCAAACUGCAAGCUUCCGUGAUGUUGUAGACCGUUUCAAUAUUCCACUAAGUUCUCUGCAUAGAAUUAUUGAACGGCCUACAUACUUUUUGAGCAACUAUUCGCCACAAAUAAUCAAAUGGCCUAACGAUGAAGAAAAACGAGAAUCAGAGAUUUCAUUCAGAGCUAAUGGAUUUCCUAUGGCUAUAGGGGCUAUCGAUGGUUGCCAUAUCAAGAUAGAUAAACCUGAUAAUGAUCCAGAUUCAUACAUAAAUAGAAAGGGAUAUUAUUCAAUACAGAUGCAGGUUGUCUGUGACCACAACCGCAAAAUCAUUGUUUUUGCCGGUUAUCCUGGGUCCGUACACGAUAGCAGGGUAUUUAGGAAUUCACCAGUCUGCAAUACUUUGGAAGAAAAAUGUGGUCCAUAUUUCUUGCUCGGUGACAGUGGGUAUCCGUUACAAACGCGAUUGAUGACCCCAUUCAAGGACCGAGGGCAAUUAACAAGGAAGCAAUUUAAUUAUAAUUUAAAGUUGAGCCAAAACAGAUAUCGCAUUGAACACUGCUUUGGAAUUUUGAAGCAAAAAUUUAGACAGUUGUAUCACUUAAAAUUCAGAAACAUCAUUAAAAUUGUUCAUUUUAUGCGAGCGUGUUGUGUGUUACACAACAUUGCCUUUGAUGAUGAAUUCCUCGAAGAAAUUUCAGAAGAUUUCUCUGCAUCAAACGCACAAAUACAAGCUGUACCACAAAACCAAGGCAUUUUGGAGGAAGAGGAUAUUGAGGAAGACCAAGAUGCCAAAAGGAUUAGGGACAGAAUAGUAGAUGCACUUUUUAUUUAA